AGCUACUCCUCAAGACCCCCCAUUCCCCUCCUCACCCCACACACCAAGUAGCCACCAUGGGUCGCAUGCACUCCAAGGGCAAGGGCAUUUCGUCCUCUGCACUCCCCUACCGCCGUGCGCCGCCCUCGUGGCUCAAGACGACGCCCGACGAGGUGUGCACGCAGAUCUGCAAGCUGGCACGCAAGGGCCUCGCGCCCUCGCAGAUCGGCGUGCAGCUGCGCGACAGCCAGGGCAUUGCCCAGGUGCGCUUCGUCACGGGCAACAAGAUCCUGCGCAUCCUCAAGAGCGAGGGCCUGGCGCCGAGCAUUCCCGAGGACCUCUACCACCUCAUCAAGAAGGCCGUCGCUGUGCGUGGCCACCUUGAGCAGAACCGCAAGGACAUGGACGCCAAGUUCCGCCUCAUUCUCAUCGAGUCCCGUGUGCACCGCCUCGCCCGCUACUACCGCACCGUCGGCAAGCUGGCGCCGACGUUCAAGUACGAGGCCGCCACGGCGUCGACGAUGGUCGCCUAAAAAGGGCCUUGCUUUGCCUGUGCCUUUGCUUCCCUCGCUCACUUCGAGCUUCCACAUGCUGCUGGUCUGCUAGGCAGAGUGUGGCUUGGGGCGGGGCAAGGGAAUGGGCGCCCGACGUGCAGACGUCAAUGUUCAUGUACUUUUGAGAUC